CUUGACUUUCAGCAGCAUCUGGCUGCUAAUCUUCACUGCGGACACAAACACAUACGCGACCUGCCACUUUUGGCUCUAAGGUGACCCGUCCUCACUCUGUGGUCAUGUCUCGGGCGCCCACCUACGGAUGUCCUCUCUAGCCCUCACAGAAACUGUUGAUGGACUGGUGAGAACCGGAAGAGGCCUGGCUCAGGCUGCUCGCCGCACCAUUUAGAGGCUUCCUGGGUGCGUGAGAGCCACACGCUCCCGGGGGAUUUGUUAGAGCGCUGUUGUCUCAUUGACGACGGAGACUGAACGACACACGGUUCAAGUGAGUCCUGCAGUUUCCAUAGCAACGUGGCUCGUAGUGAGGGGGAGGAGGGGUGGCGGCGGCUGCAGCAGUGUGCUGAAGAUGGAGGAGCUCUCAUUCAUCUGUGCAUCAGUCUACUCCUCUCUUCCCAGGUGGAGGCUGGGUGACGUCUGACCAUCUUCUCCCCCACUCCUCCUCCCCCGCCUCCCACCACCGCAGCCAACCACAGCGCAGCUCGCUGCUGCUCCCAGCAGGAUUUGAAGAUUUCAUCCUCACAUUUGUAAUCAGAUGUGGGAGAGGAUUAUCUGGAGUUCUCCAUCUUGUCACGAGCGACGAGGCGGCGAGCGAUCGGGACGUGGAGCAGAGGAGGAAGAGGCGCGGGGUCACCUGUGGAUGAGCCGGGGAGCCUCCUCCUUCUAGGCUGACUACAGAACUACUGUCGUCAGAGGACACAGCUGGAGUCAUGAGGAGCAGAUAGAGCUGCAGCUGGGAGCACAACAAGGCUCAUCAAUGGCAGAGACGGAGAAUCCUGCGUCGGAGUCUAGCCGGCUUGCUGUGGCUUCUCUUCCUGUGGAGGUCGUCUGCCUCAACUCUCCCAACCCGCGACUCGUGGUGGGACCAGACGGGAACGUUGCUCAGGAGGAAGGCGGAGCCAGUCACCCCGGGACUCUCCAGCAGUUGAGUCCGUCACAUGGUCCACGUGAGGAGGGGAGCAUCCGAACCCCUGACACAAUCAGAACUGAGAAUCACUCUGGCCCUCCACAGGGUGUUGGACCUCCUGACCCUGCAGGACACCCAAGACCUGAUCCAUUCCAGACCUGCAUCCUUCAUCAGAGCCAUAGAGUUCUGUGCACGGGUCUGAGUGCUCACCCUGGACCCCACCAGGGUCUCACUGGGACAGAUAAGAACCAUGUCCCCUCCAAAAUGAGCAGUCUCACGAACUGCGGCGCUCAUCUUCAUCCCCUGGAGGAGACCUUCGCCGCCUACUGCCACCCGCCUCCUGUCCUGGCACCUGCGCAGCUGCACGGGUCAGCAGCGCCUCCAGAGCCCCCCUGCAGCCUCCUCUGUGCCCCAGCAGCCCACCAGCUGGUACCGCCGCGCCUCGUGUCCUCGCUCAGUGAGACGGGACUGGACCAUAAACAUCUGAUGCGCUGCUGCAGCCUCAGCAGCUCCUGGAUCAGCCCUGUGGCCCCUGGCUCCGUUCCACAUCCGGAGUGUUGCGACUCCUCCAGAGGAGCCAGCCGCAGCACGGGGACCAUGACUGCUCAGGUGGAGCUGAGGAGCGUGGCAGUGCAGACGGUCCAGGGCGGAACCCCGCAUGUCUACCCUCAGGUCUGUGUCACCGACGAGAUCCACAGCCAGGACAAGCGCUCACGGCCCGGCGCUGAGCCCAAGACCGCUGUGAAAGAGGUGAAGUGGGAUGCUGAGGGGAUGACUUGGGAGGUUUAUGGGGCCUCUGUGGACCCCGAGGAACUGGGCCUGGCCAUCCAGAGACACCUGGAACUGCAGAUCAAGGAGACCGCCAGCCGUGCAGCCAAACUGUCCCGUCAGAACACCAACACCUCCCGCCAGAGCAGAAGCGCCGGGACGCGACCGGCUCGGAGGAGGAUGGACUCCAUCUCCACCCUGACCUGCUGCACAGGUGGCACGGCGACCGCCGAGUGACCCGAGCACUGUGUGCAGCAGCAGCGAGCCUCAAACCGCCAGCCGCCGCUCAGGUCCUGUUGAUGCUCUGAGCAAUACUGCUGUGGCCUACGAGGAGGUUUUUCACUGUGCUGGGUCUUGUUUGUUUUGUUUCCUGUCACCAUGCUAGCGCUGCUAACCGUUAGCUUCUUCACAACAGCAUGUGAUGUUCACGCGACUGAGCGUUGUUGCUUCUCCCUCCUUCUUUCAGGACCACAGAGUGAUAAAAUAUGUAGAAUGUUCUUGUGGUCAUGAAGAUGUUUGUGAUAGGACACGCUGACCUUUGACCCUGUCGCAACAUGACUGCGGCCCAUCAGUCAUGUGAUCUACAAGAGUCUCCUGACGACCACGUUGAUGUCACUGAGUCUUCUUUCUCUGGAGCUUUAGACUUAUCUCUCAGUUGAUGGUUAGCGGAGCUCUGAAAAGAUGCAAGACUGUUGGUGGGAUCAAGUGAUGCAGGAGUCCUGGAGCAGCAGGGCUGAGGAGGUCCACAGCGCAAUGAGAAUAUCCUCAAAGUGAUGAGACGUUUGUUGUGGAGAAGCUGAGUGUUAGCACUAGCAAGCUGAACGACCAAAAACCUAAACUACUCAUCAUUCUGUGGACUGUAAAAACGAAUAAAUGUU